AUUCUUGAACAGGAAAAGUAUGGCUUUCGCCGCAAACUGGAGAGUCUUGAGGGAGAAUACGACGGAAGACUAACUGAACUGCAAACUGAUCUCAAGAAUGCUCGACAAGAACUCGAGACACAACAGAUGUAUUUGAGACAAACGGAGAGCGAAAAGAGUAAAAUCAUUCAGGAAUUGAUUGAACAAAACCAUCGCUUAACGAAUGAACUCAAACAGUCAACAGAAACCGAAUCAUUACUGGAAAGUCAAUUACAGACACUUCGAGACCAGUUUAAUGUCAGACGAACUAAUCUUAAUGAUCACAUCGACCAACUGGAAGGGCUCAGAGAAGAGGUA